CUUCUCAGCUCAAAUCACAGUUCUCUUUGUAUUCUCUGAUUUGCUAAAUCUUGUAAGGCGAACGUGAUAGUUAAGAGAUGGCGGAUGAGGUAACUCUCUUGAAUGCCUGGCCCAGCCCUUUUGGGAUCCGGGUGAGAAUCGCCUUGGCCGAGAAAGGAAUCAAGUACGAGCACAAGGAAGAGAACUUGCAAGACAAGAGUCCUCUGCUUCUGAAGAUGAACCCUGUUCAUAAGAAGAUCCCCGUUUUGAUCCAUAACGGGAAACCCAUCUGUGAAUCCCUUGUCAUUGUUCAAUACAUUGAUGAGGUUUGGAAGGAGACUUCUCCUUUAUUGCCCUCUGAUCCUCACCUCCGAGCUCAAGGCAGGUUUUGGGCUGAUUUCUUGGACAGCAAGGUAUUAGACUGUAUGAGGAAGAUAUUAUUGACAAAAGAUGAGAAAGAGGCAGGAAAGGAGUUGAUAGAGUGCUUGAAAUUGUUGGAAGGAGAGCUUGGAGAAAAACCUUUCUUUGGGGGAGAGAAGUUUGGCUAUGUGGACUUGAGCUUCAUCCCCUUCCACAGUUUUUUUUAUAGCUUUGAGACAUUUGGGAACAUCAGCAUAGAAUCUGAGUGUCCAAAGCUUAUAGCUUGGGCUAAAAGGUGCUUGCAAAAGGAGAGUGUGUCCGAGUCCGUUGCUGACCCAGAAAAGGUCUACCACUUCUUUGAGCAGAGGAAGAAGAAACUUGGGCUUGAGUAGAGCAAAAGUUAGAAGAAUGGGUAAAAGCAAUAAAUUGUCUCAUAUGCCAUGGAGCGUAGCAGUAUGAAGGGCCUAGUUUUCUUUUGGAAUUAGUGCUUGAGGAAGAAACAGGGGAUUGAGUAAAGCAAAAGAUAGAAGAAUGGGUACAAAAUUAAAUUAUAGUCUCAUAUGCCGUAGAGCAUAUUGUAUGAAGGGCCUAUCCCUUUGUUUUUCCUCUGAAUGUUUUGCUGGAAUAAAGGAGACAUUGUAUUUUUCUUUUUCGAUAGGGUAGAAUGAUAGCUUUUUAUUUUUUGGUGGAAGUACAAUGAGAAAUUUAGUGCUUGAUAAUUUGUUAUUUGUACUUUCUAUUGAUCGGUGAUAAUUUUAUGGUUUAAUUUUAUACCCAAGAGCUUGACUGAUGAAAAA